CUUGUGUCCUGUAUAGCACUCCAAGCAAUCAUACUGUAACCCGAAGUUACUUUUUUGGAUAUUCAAAUAAUUGUAGUUCAAUAUUAAGUACAGGCAACAGCCAUUUUCAUAGAUGUAAAAUAUUCACUUCUAUUAUAUGCUAAGGUGUUUUUAGACCAGCUGAGCAUAGCUGUGUUACUAACGUGUGUGAGUGAAUUACGUUUUCACAAAAAAUUAAUGUUGUUAAAUAAUUGAUAGUGCAUUAUAAAUUAGUAUAAUUAACAUAUAAUAAUCUUCUUUAAUUCAAAACUAUUGAUUUAUUUUACUCCAAAAUAUCAUAUCAAUAACGAAAAGUUCACAACCCGUGAUUUAAAAUUUUUUUCUUACUCUCAAUUGACAUUUCAAAUAAUUAAACUGAACUCACAAAUAGAUGGUGCAUCUUGACAUUAUAUUUUAAUUAUAUUUGAAGAUUGUAAAAGUGAUAGUAUCGAAAUUUGUGAACAAUAGCAUGGCGGGACAGACAAUUAAUGAUAGGUUGCUCGCAGCCAGACACAGCAUUGCAGGCCAGGGUCUUGCAAAAGCUGUUUGUAAAGCUACUACGGAAGAAAUGAUAGGUCCAAAGAAGAAGCAUUUAGAUUAUCUGAUUCACUGUACGAAUGAACCAAAUGUAUCCAUACCUCAAUUGGCCAAUCUUUUGGUUGAACGUUCUCAAAAUGCAAAUUGGACGGUGGUUUUCAAAGCACUCAUUACAGUACAUCAUUUGCUCUGUUAUGGAAACGAGAGGUUUACACAGUAUCUUGCAUCGAGCAAUAGCACUUUCCAGCUUAGUAAUUUUUUGGAUAAAAGUGGAGUUCAAGCUGGGGCUCGUGUUGGAUAUGAUAUGUCACCGUUCAUUCGACGAUACGCUAAAUAUCUUAAUGAAAAAGCAAUGUCAUACCGCAGUGUGGCAUUUGAUUUCUGUAAAGUGAAGAGAGGGAAAGAAGACAGUACCUUACGCACCAUGAAUGCAGAGAAAUUGUUAAAAACGCUUCCUGCUUUGCAAACUCAACUUGACGCUCUUUUGGAAUUUGACUGUACCGCAAAUGAUCUUACCAAUGGAGUAAUAAGCAUGGCUUUUAUGCUUUUAUUUCGAGAUUUAAUACGUCUUUUUGCUGGUUAUAAUGAUGGAAUUAUUAACUUGCUAGAAAAAUAUUUUGACAUGAAUAAAAAACAAUGUCGAGAUGCACUAGAUUUGUAUAAAAAAUUUUUAAUACGAAUGGAUCGAGUAGCAGAAUUUUUGAAAGUUGCAGAGAAUGUUGGAAUUGAUAAAGGAGAUAUUCCUGAUCUGACCAAAGCUCCAAGCAGUCUUCUUGAUGCUUUAGAACAACAUUUAGCAUCAUUGGAAGGAAAAAAGACAUCGACUGUAAAUACGCCAGUUCAAUCAGCAAGCAAUAGAACAAAUGUAAAAUCAGGGGUUUCUGCACUAUCCUCUACUAGUACAGCUUUCGGGACGGCAGCUAACAAUAAUCGUCUUGAUAAUACGGGCAAUGGACAUAUCGAUGAAGCUUUGAGACAACAAGCUCUCGCUGAAGAAGAAGCAGCUAUGAAUCAAUACAAGGCUAAAGUUCAGUCACCGUCUGGAGGGCCAGGUACAAAUCCAUUUCUUAGUUCCCCAACUGGAAGUGGAAGUAUGGACUUAUUUGCUCCACCAUCGACAGAUAGUCAGACUCAAAAAUCAUCUGAUGAUUUAUUACAACUUAGUGGAAAUCCAUUUGCUGACAUGUUUGGAGCACCCCAACCGGCUGCUGUUCAACCUCCUGCUACCUCAAAUGUUUGGAUCACUAAUGGCAAUGGUCUUGUGGCUCCGCUGACUUCAGCAAACAACUUCGUUACAGAUAAUAAUUUUUCAUCAGCAUUUGAAAAUCAAGAUCAACAAACAACUGCUUCUCAAGGAAUAGCAGGAUCGAUUCCUAAUCCUUUCAUUGAAGAUUUUUCGGUUUCAUCAUCUCAAGCAGAGAGUGGCACAGCCUAUGGUACAUUUGAACAAAAUAAUGGGGCGAUAAUAACCGGUAACGCGGCUCAACAACCUAAUGACUUGUUGAGUUCAAGUAGUCAAGUAGAUUAUUUUCGGAGCGAUACGACGAUGUUGACAACCCUUGAAGAUAUUGACAGAAAUUUAGUAUCUGGUCAGACAAAUGUCGUUUCAGAUAAACGACAAAGUAUUGACAAUGCUUUCAGCAAAUCUACCGCCACACCACCACCUAGACCUCCACCACCUUCAGCAAACAUGAAUGAUACAUUGGGUACAAUUUUACCUACUACUGAAAGCACACCUCCAACUAAGCCUUCUGCUACAAGUGCAUUCGACGAUUUGAAUAAUAGUAUUCGGAUGGCUUUAGGAGGGUCGCCAUCUCGUUCAGUUCCAUCAACACAACAGUCUUCUUUUAAUCAAUCAACUCAGCAAGUUCCUAUACAACAAGGUUUUACGAAAUCUGAAGUGAAUUUAGGACCACAAAUAGGUCUCAAUCAAUCACAAAUGAGUACAAGUAUUGGUCUCGAUUACGCUCCUCAAUCUCAAGUUCCUUUGGGAUAUGGUUCUCCAGCCAAACAACCUCUAGCAGCUACUGGACAGUCAACUACAUCUUCAACUGAUAAAGUACUCACAGGAGAUUUAGAUAGUAGUUUAGCAAGUCUUGCCCAAAACCUCAGCAUCAACAAAAGUUCACAGCAGCAAGUGAAGAACAUUCAAUGGAAUUCACCAAAAAAUCUAUCAAGGCCGAACAUGAGUGGUUCUACAGGAUGGACACCACAACCAAUGGCAGCAACCACUGGUGUGGGAUAUAGACCCAUGGGCCAUGGGAUGACUCAAGUUCCUGUAACUACAAUGUUCGGGUAUCCUACUCAAACUGCACCAAUGGGAAUGCCCAAUAUUCCAGUAGCAAUUCCUGGAUUACAAAACAUAAGACCAGUGAUAGGUGGAAUGUCUGCAACUCCAAUAGUUAGUUCCAACGUAAUGGUUACCUCUGGUGCUCCACCAAUUUUAAGUGGGCCAGCGAUAAAUUCAAAUAUCAACCAAUCUCAAUCUCAACCCACAGAUGGAUCACAAACUAUACAACUUGAUCCAUUCGGUGCUUUGUAAACAGCACAUUUCUAUACAAUUUAUGUAGAAAUAUAAAAAAAUUAGAAAAGAGACGUAGACAUAAUCUAUAAGUGUUGAUGUUAUAAUUAUCUAUACAUGAACCGAUUCAUCUUCGUAGAGCAUUCAAAUUUAAUUUGGAUAGGAUCAAAUUAUUCUUGUAAAUAUUGUAUGUCAUUUUUUUAAUUUAGUUUCUUAUUAAGUUAGUCGUUAUCGUGCAAUUACAGUGAAUUUGAAAAUUAAAAUUUAAAAAAAAAAGCCAUAUAUACACUGAAAAUAUUUUCUUAAGUUUUAUAUAUUUUAUGUUACAAAAAACCUAAAACUGAAGUUUACAAUAAUGUUAAUUUCUUUUUUAGGUUUUAUGUAUGUUUUUACAUAAUACAUGACUUUUUUAUUCACAUUCAUUUAGGAAUUUUUUUUAUUACAAAAAUUUCCAUUGUUCACUCAUUUUAUCGAAUAAAUAAAAGCAAAAAAAAAAAAUUAAUUGUGAACUAGAUGUAUAGAAAGUCGGCCUGUGCUUAGAGUCAUCUAAUAAAAGUGUAUAAAGAGUUUUGUUGAAUCUGUAAUUCAUCAUAUAUAAAUAAAUUUUAAUUAUCAUUAUUUCAAAAUAUAUUUAAAAAAAUAAAUUAUGGUUUAUUAUA